GAGAAAGACGACCAUUGGAGUAUUAUUCAGAAACAUCCAAAUUCGUUUCCAUUUAGGCCUGUCGUUCCCAAGCCUUCGAGCUGGGAGACCCUUUAUGGCCAACCAACCAGGGUCUUAUUUGCCACAGCUCGGUUCCAGCUAAACUACUUCCAAGAGGCACGAUUGACCCACGAGAGAAAUUGAGUUUCCAAUAUGGCGGUGGCACUCGCUGUAUAUAUAUACACACUCCGUAUAAUGCUAGCUUUAGCCCCUCUCCUAAAACCCUAAUCACUCGUAGUUGUUACUGUACGGUACUGCUACUCUCUCCCCUAAACCCUAAUUUUUCCAGUGUUGAUCUCUGUCUCUCUCAGACCAACAAUGAAGUUCUGGGGUGUCGAAGUGAAAAGUGGAGAGACUAUUAAGGUGCAACCUGGUGAAGAGGUUUUGCAUCUUUCACAGGCUAGUCUCGAUGAGGUCAGUGGCAAAGGCAAAGGGAAUGAAUCGGUAUGCCUGUUUGUGAAUAUUGAUGGGCAGAGGCUUGUUCUCGGAACACUCUCUUCUGAGAAGUUGCCUCAGCAGUUAUUUGAUUUGGUGUUCGAAAAAGAUUUUGAGCUAUCCCACAACUGCAAAAAUGGCAGUGUCCACUUUUUAGGAUAUUUAACUCCUGAUUUGUCAACUGACGAUUCUGAUGAGGAUUCUGAGGAUUCAGGUUCUGAUUAUGAGAAUGCGAUAGAAGAGGCUGCUAAAAUUGUAAAAGCUGAGUCAAAAGCAAAGGAAGAAAAAUCUUUGAAGAUUGUGGAGCCUGGCACAGAUGAGAAACCUUAUGGAGAUGACGAAGACAGUAGCGAACAGGAAACAUCAUCCGAAUCGGACAGUGAAUCAGAGCAAGAUACAGAUUAGUUUAAUUUAGUUUGAAAUAGGGAGGAGGAACAUGGGAGUUAAUUAUUGGGGAAUGACCUGACCUGGUAAAAUGGAUUUUCACAUAUUCUUUUAUGGAAUGUUUUGUUUUAGAGAAACAAUUUAGUUCUUCAAUUAAUUUACCGUGAACAUAAUUAUAUUCUUUUCA